CUUGUUGGAGACAACUGAGUGAACACCAAUUAGCUCUGGUCUUCGUAAAAAUGGCCGCCCGCCGUAGUGCUCUGUAGCGAGAACACGGAGACGCCGUUUAGAGUCGCUCGGGUUUACGCUCUACGUGGAAACGCGUCGAGCCUGUGACGUAGCUUCAUCGGGAUACCCGUGUGGCGGGUGCUGUUCCGGGUCGGAGAAGCACGGUUUUGUCGCGGGAGCGGAGGCCUCGGUGUUGUUUGAAAGAUGACGACCGCGGCUAGGCCAACGUUCGAGCCGGCUAGAGGUGGCAGAGGGAAAGGAGAAGGUGAUCUAAGCCAGCUCUCCAAGCAGUAUUCUAGCAGAGACCUUCCUUCUCACACCAAGAUCAAAUACAGACAGGCCACCCAGGAUGCCCCUGAGGAGGUGAGAAGCCGCGACUUCAGAAGGGAGCUGGAGGAGAGGGAGCGCACGACUGUGAGAGACAAAAAUAGGGACCGACCCACAAGAGAGCACGCAUCUUCCAUAUCUAAGAAACCUCGUCUGGAUCAGAUUCCAGCUGCAAACCUUGAUGCGGACGAUCCUCUCUCUGAUGAAGAUGAAGACGACGAUUCAGAUGAAGACAGUGAUGAUGAUUCUGCUCUCCUAGCAGAGCUGGAGAAAAUUAAGAAGGAACGAGCAGAAGAGCAAGCGCGGAAGGAGCUGGAGCAGAAGGCCGAAGAGGAACGGAUCAGAAUGGAGAACAUUCUCAGUGGGAACCCUCUGUUGAACCUUGCGGGCCCUGUACAGGCUCAAGCGACUUUUAAAGUGAAGCGGAGGUGGGACGACGACGUUGUUUUUAAGAACUGCGCUAAAGGCGUCGAUGACAAGAAGGACAAACGAUUUAUAAACGACACUCUACGCUCCGAGUUCCACAAGAAGUUUAUGGAAAAGUAUAUCAAGUAGUGCAGUUUUAUGUGCUUCGUCUGUAGGAUACUUUUAACUCUGUCCGGACCGUGGAAGGGGAUCCUCGCGUCGGCGUCGCCAUCUAUAAAUCGAUAAUGAUGUCAGACUCUACUUUCAUCAUAGCAUGUUUUCCAGGUCAUAUGUGAAUAAACGAUUAGUUUUUUCUA